AAGAUGACAAAAAUGCAAUGUUUGUUGGCGCCUCUUUCUCUAUAUUGCUAGAUAAGAGAGAGAAAAACGGGGAGAUGACAGAUUGGCAAUAGAGCGUUCAAGCAUUUUAUGACGAGAAGGAGAAGGUGCCAUCCGAAUUUGGAUCUUAAAAAAAGAGACACACUUCGGAUUUAGGCACCAUGAGUCUCUUCGGCCUUGGAAGCAGAAACCAAAAAACAUUUCGUCCAAAGAAGAGUGCUCCAUCCGGAAGUAAGGGUGCUCAACUUCAAAAACACAUCGAUGCUACAUUGGGUAGUGGGAACUUGAGGGAAGCUGUUAAGCUGCCUCCCGGUGAAGAUUUUAACGAAUGGCUAGCUGUAAACACCGUGGACUUCUUUAAUCAAGUAAAUAUUCUAUUUGGUACACUAACAGAGUUCUGCACGGCAAGCAACUGUCCAACAAUGAGUGCAGGACCAAAGUACGAGUAUAGAUGGGCUGAUGGUGUUACCAUCAAGAAACCAAUAGAGGUAUCUGCACCAAAAUAUGUCGAGUAUUUGAUGGAUUGGAUUGAAUCUCAACUUGAUGAUGAAACGAUUUUCCCUCAAAAGUUAGGGGCUCCUUUUCCACCCAAUUUCAAGGAGGUUGUCAAGACAAUUUUCAAACGGUUGUUCCGUGUAUAUGCUCACAUCUAUCACUCACAUUUUCAGAAGAUUGUUAGUUUGAAAGAAGAAGCUCAUCUUAAUACUUGCUUCAAGCAUUUUGUCUUAUUUACUUGGGAAUUUCGCUUGAUUGACAAAGCAGAACUGGCACCUCUACAAGACCUCGUUGAUUCUAUUAUACAAUUUUAGUGUUGUUGGUUUCCUUUAAUUUCAUUCCCUUCACUUCAAUUUGGGGAGGUUAGACAUUAAAACAUUGGGUACAAAUUUUUUUGAGCUAGUAUUGCACUUGUAGAAUACUUGGACUUGCUAAUAGGCAAAUCCUUGGGCACCCUCUGUAUUUGUCCCUCCAUUGUCGUGAUGAAAUUAUAUAAAUAAUUUGGUGAAUAAAUUAAAACUUUGUGCGAGAUGCAAAA